UGAAUUCCGUCCUAAGUUUUUCUUAAGAUGCUUGAGCCGCUUAACAAAUUAUAUGCACACUUGUCAGAUAUCGUGUAUAAUUGCAAAGAAUUUAAUUACACAUUAAUACAUCAUUAUCGUAUCAGCCGUAUCGAUCGUAUCAAUUACAUCCGUUUCCUCUCGUUAUCGUUCAUCCAACGAUAGAUUGAACGCGAUAAGGAAAUUAUUUGAUACAGCCGUAUCGAAUAUCGUGAUCUCCACGGAAUCGUAAAUAUAAUAAAUUGACAUCUGAAUCCAACCUGAUAUCAGAUGGAAAAUAAGCGAGGAGAGAUAAAAAAAAGGUCUUCGGUUAAAAAAUGUUAAUAUUUCAUCUUAUAGAAAUUCUUUGAAUUGUCUUUACAACUCGAAUUUAUUCAUCAGGACGAUUCUUGAAUGUCAGGAUAUAUCAAUUUUUUAAAUUAAUUUCCUUGCAACAAGGAAGUUAUCGGCUAACUCGAAGGAACGCAUAUCGUUACUUUUCCCUCCAAGUGUCGCCCCAGCCGCAUCCGGGAUGAUAAGAUGAAUGUUCGGUCGCAUUUUCGUGCGAGAUCGGGCAACGCGCCAGUUCUCGGUGUCCAGACCGUUUUGCGGACGUCACAGGCUAGACGCGGAUUUUUUUCACACAACUCGAAAAAGAUCCUAUUCCCCUGCACGCUCUUUCCUUUUCUUUUCUUUUUAACGCUUUCCUGUAUUGUAAUAAUAAUGAUACUUUGACUGAUGAUGUCGUCAAGUAAUGUCGUACAUAUAACGCGUCUCCCGUUUAUUUACGUCCUCGAGACAUAAACGCAUAUAAUAUUGUGUCGCGAAGCAAUGAAACUCUUAUCAUCCUAGUGAGACGCGGAAGGGGAUUGACAUUCGCAUCGCCUCUCUAUCGUCCAUUUCUUAUUAGCGAAUCAAUAACCGCUUUACGUAACUCGGUUAUUCGAUAACCGACCGCGAUUAUCAUCCAGAGUAAUCUCAAUGUACUGGAAAUAACUGCACAUUGCAAUGAAAAAAAAGUUAUAUUUUGCAUUACAAUUUUCUCUACCUUAUUUUUUAUUACACAACAGUAAAGGUAACAUCCUUACACUUGAAGAAAGAAAUUAUUAUUAGUAAAUUCUUUGGCUAAUCUGAAGCUGAGCUAAUCUUCAACACUCAUACGGGGAAAAAAGAAAGAAAAAGGACACGAAUAAAAAGGUGUGACAAAUAUUUCUGUCUCUAGUUAUGAACCGGAAGUACUGAAUUUUUUAAGCAAUUUCUCGUUCGUUGUUCGAGAUGCUCAGCAGCCCCACCAUUCAUGACGUCAUCAUCGUCAUUCCUACAAUCGACCCUACAAUCUGUGUGCGCGGUGAAUGAUGCAAUCCGCGAUUCAACCCGCGCGGGAAUUUCCCCCGUUACGUGGGUGGCACGUAUUACGGGGGUGCGUUUGCGCCGUGUGGUCGGUCGACGGGGUUGCGCCAGCUGCGCCAACACUCGUCCGUGGGGGGUAUUAGGCGCACGAGGAUCGAAUCGAACCGAACCCUCAGAGUAGACGAGUCCGUGUUUCCUGCCUCCUACCACUCGUCGCCUACGAGCUGUCAUACGAUGGGCGUGGAAAAAGAAAAGUCAAAUGACAACAUUCAGGAACAGGCAACGACACCAACGGCCCUGUCUCCAUCACCAAAGACCGACACGACCGAUAAGGAUUGGGGUCUCAACGGUCGGCUAGCGUUCGCUAUUGCGGCGGCCGCUCUCGGCUCAUCAUUUCAACAUGGAUACAAUACCGGUGUGGUUAAUGCACCUCAACAGCUUAUCGAAGACUGGAUUAAAGAACUGAAGACUAACCGAACGGGCGUCCCAACGGAAAAAACAGAGGUGACAUUAAUUUGGUCAUUGGCAGUGUCGAUAUUCUGCGUCGGUGGAAUGAUAGGAGGUAGUUUGGUGGGCUGGGUGGCGGAUCGCUUCGGCAGAAAAGGUGGUCUGUUACUGAACAACAUCCUGGUCCUACUGACUGUGAUCUUCGAGGGUAGCGCCAAGGCGGCGAAAAGUUACGAAAUGAUAAUCGUCGGCAGGUUCAUAAUCGGUAUAAAUUCCGGGCUGAAUGCUGGUUUGGCACCGAUGUAUCUGGCUGAGAUCUCGCCCGUGCAUCUGCGCGGCGCCGUGGGUACGGUCUAUCAGUUGGUCAUCACCAUCUCGAUUCUGGUAUCGCAAAUUCUCGGCCUGGAGCAAGUCCUCGGUACCACCGAGCAGUGGCCGUUGUUACUGUGCCUGACAAUCGUACCGGCGAUCUUCCAGAUGUGCACGUUACCUCUCUGUCCCGAGAGUCCCAAGUACUUAUUGCUCAACCGCGGCAAGGACAUGGACGCACAAAGAGCUUUGUCCUGGUUACGUGGCACGAUCGAAGUUCACGACGAGAUGGAAGAAAUGCGAACGGAAUAUGAGUCGGUGAAACUGGUGCCAAAGGUCACUGUGCGCGAGCUGUUCGUAAAUGCAGCGCUUCGCAUUCCGCUGUUCAUUUCGAUCAUGAUUAUGUUCGCCCAACAACUAUCCGGCAUAAAUGCUGUCAUGUUUUUCUCAACGAAGAUCUUCAGAAUGGCGCAGCUCGAUAAACAUGCCGCUCAGAACGCCACAAUGGGAGUCGGCGCGAUGAACGUCUUGAUGACCAUCGUAUCUUUGGUGUUGGUAGAGAAGGCAGGCAGAAAAACGCUACUUUUGGUCGGAUUCUUUGGCAUGUUCCUGGAUACCGUUCUACUCGCUAUUUGUCUCGUGUUCGCUGAUACAUCGCGAGCGGCGGCGUAUUUCUCAAUCGUGCUAGUCAUCAUGUUCGUCGUCCUGUUUGCCACCGGACCAGGAAGCAUUCCGUGGUUCCUGGUAUCAGAGUUAUUUAAUCAAUCCGCCCGACCACCCGCUACCUCCAUCGCUAUCGCCGUCAACUGGACCGCAAACUUUAUCGUCAGUAUCGGCUUCCUGCCGCUACAGGAGGUACUAGGCGCUUACGUGUUCAUCAUCUUUGCGAUACUACAAUUAUUCUUCGCGAUCUUCAUAUACAAAAAAGUGCCAGAGACGAAGAACAAGACCAUGGAAGAGAUUAGCAGCAUGUUCAGGCAAAUAUCGUAUCAGUGAGGAACAUAUUCAAAAUGGAUAAAAUGUUACUCGAAAACAAAAUCGAAUGAACGAUAAAGGCGAUCGUUCUUUUUUUCUUCUCUAUCUAUGUGUCUCAAGUAACUCAGAAAUUUGGCGAAACUAGCACACUAUUCUAUGGUCUAUCAACGCGCUUCCAAUAUUCUGUCCAUAUGCAAUAUCAAAGUUCAUCGAAAGGGCAUUCGAUGAACACUUGUGUAUAAUCAUGUGUGCUACGAUGUAUUUGGCGUAGAUAUAACCCGUAAUCGCGUCAGUCCGGGAAUCUUAAUUUUUCAUUAUUUAUUUAAUUUUUAAAUAUUUUAUUCUUUAGUUUCUUUAUCUCGGAAAUCCGUUCCACGUUGAGUCGCACGGACGCGCGCGUAUAGUUCCGCCCCAGGGUGUAAGUUGUAAUCUUAACCUUAGUUCCUAUGUUGUAUCCAGCGAAAAAAAAUUAUUGCUGGUAAGAGAACAAUCGAAAUGCGAAACAGCUUAGGAAACACGAUUCUUUCACAAAGUCUUUUUGAAUAAUGUUUUGUUCCUUAUUUUAGGAGUAAUAACGUCAUUACUUGUAUCAAUACGAAAGGUCGCAGCUCUAGUCAUCAAAAGAUCUGUAGAUGAGUAUGACGUUGAAAGAAUCUUAUACGCUAGCUGAUUUUAUCUUUAUUAUUAAAUCUCUGAUUCGCUAUAUAUAUAUAUACAUCGACAGAUACGUAUCACGUCUCUAAACGAAUUUUUAAUAUGGUAUCGCGCUAAGUUAUAUAUUAUUUACGUUUUAAAGAAAUCACUUGAGAAUAAUUGGGACUUUUUAUAGAUUAACAGUUUUAUGAUAGUAAAAAAUUUGCGUUUUCACUAUUAAAUAAUCACAUUACUGUAAAAGAACUUAAACUUGUUAAAAAAUAUAUAAAUGGUUAUGUUGAUGAAUGAAGAGUGUGUCGAUGCCUUUUUAUGAAAUAAUUUAUAUAAUAGAAGUUUAAAGAAUAUUUUAUUAUAUGUAAAUCGAAACGCAAGUUUUAUUCAAACGAAAAUGGAAAGAAUGAUGUUAAGAUGAUGUUAAGUGUAAAUACAAAAAUAUGUAAAGACUAGUAUUGUGCGUAGCGUAGAAAAUAAUUAUAUUUAUGUAUUCAUGUAGAUUUGAUUAAUAUUUAAGAAAAUAUCAAUUGUUGUCAUAUUUUUAAAUUAUUUAGAUUAAUUUUAAGGAUGUAUACAUAUAUAUAUAAAGAAAAAUAGGCGAUAUACAAAAUGUAACUCAGGAACUUACGCUGAUCUUUUUUUCACAAGUAGCAGAUAGAUGCAAUAUUUUAUUUUUACAGCAUGUCCGCGUCUCUCAAAGAAUACUCAUUUGUAAUCGUUUUUUAGUUUUAAACAAUAACGGAUUUUUAUUGUAAAACAAAAGGCAUCUAAGUUUACCUGAUUUUACGUUAAAUAAAUAAUCGAUUUUUAUCAA